AUGGUGCACCCCUGGACCAGCGGCCGCCGCCCGCCGCCCGCCGCCGCCGCCGCUGCCCGAGAGCCGUUAUCACCCGUGUUCUCUCGCAAGCGCGUGCGGAGAGCCGCAUCGCACGUCCUCCUGGUCUCCGUGUUCCUCUGCCUGAACUCCGGGCUCAAUCUCCUGAAUAAGUGGUCCCUGGGCCACGCCGGCUUCCGCUUCCCCUUCCUGCUGUCCUCCUGUCACAUGGCCUUCAGCUUUGCCGUGCUGGCCCCGGUGGCGCUGCUGCACGGCUGGGAGGCGCACCGGCGCACGCUGCACCAGCAGUGGCCCGGCAUCCUGUGCAUCGGAUCCUUCAUGGCCCUCAACAUCGCCCUCAACAACAUCAGCCUGCUCGACAUCUCCCUCUCCCUCAACCAAAUCAUCCGCUCUGCCAUCCCAGUGGUGAGGCACCCAGCCCGCCACGCGCUUGCUUGCUUUCUUCCCCCGAGUGCCUGCACAGCUGGGCCUGGGGCGCAGGUGGCGUGCAUCAUGGCUGUGCUCAUAGAGUCUAGGUACCCUUCCCCUCAGGAGGCAGCCAGCCUGGUGGUCAUCUCCCUGGGAGUCAUGCUGGCGGUGUGGCAGGGCGCUCUGACGGGCAAGCCCUACGCCAUCGCCUUCUGCGUCGCCGCCACCGUGUGCAACGGCGGCUUCAUGACCCUCAGCAGCAAGCUGAUGAGCGAAAAGCUGGAUGUGGUGCGGCUGGCCUUCUAUGUGGCGCCCGUCAGCCUCGCCUGCCUGGCGCCCUUCUAUUGGGUGUACGAGCACGAGCACUUCCGGGCGUACUACCCCGCCCACCGCCGCUCCGCCCAGGCCAUCCUGCUGGCCUCCUCCGCCCUCGCCCUCUGCUACAACCUGGCCCACUCCCUCAUGAUCAAGCGCAUAUCUGCUGUGGCAACCACGGUGGUGGGAGAGUUCAAGAUCCUGGCGCUCCUGCUGCUCUCUGCCUUCCUGCUGGGUGAGAAGAGCGAGUUCACCCCCAAGAUGAUCGCAGGGUGCACCCUGGCGCUGGCAGGCUUUGCAGCCUACAGCCACACCAAGCUGGUGGCGGCGCGGCAGCGGCAGCGGCGGCAGCAGACGGGGUCGGAGUGA